GCCAUGCCAACCACAAACUAAGCGGACACCCAACUUGCCAUUAGCUUUGUAAGCUAAUAGCUUUGCAAGCUACUUUUUAAUGUUGCAAAAGUAAACCGAUACCGUGUCAUAAACUAGCUUAACUAACGGUAAUGGAAGCCGAACCUCAAGUUUCGAUAACAGCGUCCGCGAUAAUUCCUCUUGCCUUGCCCAAAGGAGCGGAAAAGUUAUGUGAACUUUGUCAAAGAGAAGCGCGCCUGCAGUGCAGCAAGUGUCGGGUCACCUUUUAUUGCGAUGCAGAGCACCAGCAGGCUGACUGGGUGGGGAUCCACAAGAGAAUUUGUCAGCUGCUUGUUCCCAUCCGCACCCAAACACUCCACAGCCUCCAGCAAACCAGUCACAUUGAAACACAAAUUAAAAAGGCAGAGCUGAUUGAGAUUUGCAGGUUGGUGGCUCAAAGUAAGCUAUCUGAGGGAAAGCACCAAGAGGCUCUGCCUGCUGCCACCUGCUGCCUGCGGUUUUCCAUAGACAUCCAUGGCCCCAACACUGUUCAGCUGGUCCCUGCCUACCUGCUGCUGGCUGAGGCCAACAUGGGUUUAGGUGAUCUAAACCUUGUGGCAGAGUUCCUGUCCCAGGCAGAGUGGGCAGUGUUGAAGAGUCCAAAAUGUGGUCUCGCAAUUUGCCAGAAGCUGCACAGGAGCCUGGGCCGCCUCCAUGUGGUGACUGGAGACCUGGAGGCAGCGUUGCGUAACUUUGCAAAUGAUAUCUACUUUGCUACUGAGGAGUAUGGUCUGGAUAGCAUAGUCACCGCUGCUGGCUACUUUCUCAUGGCUGAUGUGUUUGCCAAGCAGGGGAAGAUGCCCAUUGUUCAUUCCUUGUACUCUGAGGUGGCACGUAUAUGGCACUGCCAUCUGACCAAACUCCUUGAGACCCGCACCCAAAGCAUCCAGAAUCCAUUGUUGGACUCCAUUUAUGCAGACAAAGCUCAGCGAGUUGAAGUGGAUGAGAUGUUAAGAACCAUUUUGGAGUUUGAGCAGAAAGACUCCAGAAAAGACCGAGCUCAGAUCGCACAGGUGGCCCACUGCCUGGCCAUGCUGUGGUUCCUAGGAGGAGACUUCCUCAAGGCGCAGGGAUUUGGCAGCACAGCCCUGCUGGCCAGCCAGCUGAUACCAGACCACGACCUGACAGAACCCAUCCAGGCCCUGCUGCAGCUGGUGAAGAUACCGCACACAGUCCCACAUACUGGUUCUGAGUGACAGCACUAGCCCCGCCCAUCCUUCUGCUUGGAGAUUUGCUCCUCAAGGAUAUUUGUGGAGCCCCACACAGAAUUACCUAUGUCGAAACUGCUAAAUUACUCACAACGUAAUAAUAAUAAACAAGUAAGUUCAAAAUUUAUCUAUGUGCUGUGCAGUGUUAUUGGAAGGGAUAAAAAGUUCUCAAAUUGUGCUGCAAAGUUAAAAGAUAAGACACGUUUUCACUGGUUCUGGAU